GUGGCUCGGGAGCCCGAGCGGUGGCCGAACAGCGAGCAGCUAGGAGCGCUCGCGCAGCGGCCGGUCGGUGGGUCCCGCGCCCGGCACGCCCGCACGCCCGGCCCGGCCCGGCCCGCAGCGAUCAUGGGCGCGGCGGAGGUGCGCUGGCACUUGUGCGUGCUGCUCGCCCUGGGCACGCGCGGGCCGCUGGCGGGGGGCAGCGGGCUCCCAGGGACAGUGGACAUAGACGAGUGCUCAGAGGGAACAGAUGACUGCCACAUCGACGCCAUCUGCCAGAACACACCCAAGUCCUACAAAUGCCUCUGCAAGCCAGGCUACAAGGGGGAAGGCAGGCAGUGUGAAGACAUUGACGAGUGUGAGAAUGACUACUACAAUGGGGGCUGUGUCCACGAAUGCAUCAACAUUCCAGGAAACUACAGGUGUACCUGCUUUGAUGGCUUCAUGCUGGCACAUGAUGGACAUAACUGCCUAGACGUGGAUGAGUGUCAGGACAACAAUGGUGGCUGCCAGCAGAUCUGCGUCAAUGCCAUGGGUAGCUAUGAGUGUCAGUGCCACAGUGGCUUUUUCCUCAGUGACAACCAGCACACCUGCAUCCACCGCUCCAAUGAGGGUAUGAACUGCAUGAACAAAGACCACGGUUGUGCCCACAUCUGCCGGGAGACGCCCAAAGGUGGGGUGGCCUGUGACUGCAGGCCCGGCUUUGACCUUGCCCAAAACCAGAAGGACUGCACACUAACCUGUAACUAUGGAAACGGAGGCUGCCAGCAUAGCUGCGAGGACACGGACACAGGCCCCAUGUGUGGCUGCCACCAGAAGUACGCCCUCCACUCAGACGGUCGGACGUGCAUCGAGACAUGUGCAGUCAAUAACGGAGGCUGUGACCGGACAUGCAAGGACACAGCCACUGGCGUGCGGUGCAGCUGCCCGGUUGGAUUCACACUGCAGCCAGACGGGAAGACAUGCAAAGAUAUCAAUGAGUGCCUGGUCAACCAUGGAGGCUGUGACCACUUUUGCCGUGACACUGUGGGCAGCUUCGAGUGUGGCUGCCGCAAGGGCUACAAGCUGCUGACGGACGAGCGGACAUGCCAAGACAUCGACGAGUGCUCCUUCGAGCGGACCUGCGACCACAUCUGCAUCAACUCCCCGGGCAGCUUCCAGUGCCUGUGCCACCACGGCUACACACUCUAUGGGACAACCCACUGCGGAGAUGUGGACGAGUGCAGCAUGAACAACGGCAGCUGUGACCAGGGCUGCGUCAACACCAAGGGCAGCUAUGAGUGUGUCUGCCCCCCUGGGAGUCGGCUCCACUGGAACAGGAAGGACUGUGUGGAGACGGGCAGGUGCCUUUCCCGAGCCCAGGCCUCUGCCCAGGCCCAUCUGUCCUGCAGCAAGGUGGGCAGUGUGGAGAGCUGCCUUCUUUCCUGCCCAGCCCACACCCUCUUCGUGCCAGACUCAGAAAACAGCUACAUCCUGAGCUGUGGUGUUCCGGGUCUCCAGGGCAGGACACUACCGAAACGCAAUGGCACCAGCUCUGGCACCGGACCUGGCUGCUCAGAUGCCCCCAGUGCCCCCAUCAAGCAGAAGGCCCGCUUCAAGAUCAGAGAUGCCAAAUGCCACCUCCGGCCCCGCAGCCGGGAGCGAGCAAAGGAGACCCCACGGCAACCACUGCUGGAAAACUGCCACGUGACGUUCCUGACCCUCAAGUGCGACUCCUCCAAGAAGAGACGCCGCGGCCGCAAGUCCCCAUCCAAGGAGGUGUCCCAUGUCACUGCAGAGUUUGAGGUGGAGAUAAAGAUGGAAGAGGCCUCAGAUACCUGCGAAGCCGAUUGCGUGCGGAAGCGAGCCGAGCAGAGCCUGCAGGCCGCCAUCAAAACCCUGCGCAAGUCCAUCAACCGACAGCAGUUCUACGUGCAGAUCUCAGGCACUGAGUACGAGGUGGCCCAGCGCUCAGCCAAGGCCCUGGAGGGGCUAGGGACGUGUGGCACUGGCCAGGUGCUCCAGGAUGGCAAAUGUGUGACCUGUGGGCCUGGCACCUACUUCAGCGGCGAGCAGGGCCAGUGUGUGCUGUGUGUGUCGGGGACCUACCAGGACAUGGAAGGCCAGCUCAGCUGCACGCCAUGUCCCAGCAGUGAUGGGCUUGGUCUGGCUGGUGCCCACAACGUAUCUGAAUGUGGAGGCCAGUGCUCUCCAGGCUUCUUCUCAGCAGACGGCUUCCAGCCCUGCCAGGCCUGCCCCAUGGGCACGUACCAGCCUGAGCCUGGGCGCACCGGCUGUUUCCCCUGUGGAGGGGGGCUGCUCACCAAGCUGGAGGGCGCCACCUCCUUCCAGGACUGCGAGGCCAAAGUGCACUGCUCCCCUGGCCAUCACUACAACACCACCACACACCGGUGCAUCCGCUGUCCUGUGGGCACCUACCAGCCUGAGUUUGGCCAGAACCACUGCGUCACCUGUCCAGGCAACACCAGCACGGACUUCGAUGGCUCCACCAACGUCACACACUGCAAAAACCAGCACUGUGGUGGUGAGCUUGGUGACUACACGGGCUACAUAGAGUCCCCCAACUACCCUGGAGACUACCCGGCCAAUGCUGAGUGUGUGUGGCACAUCGCACCGCCCCCCAAGCGCAGGAUCCUCAUUGUGGUCCCCGAGAUCUUCCUGCCCAUCGAGGAUGAGUGCGGUGAUGUCCUGGUCAUGAGGAAGAGUGCCUCGCCCACAUCCAUCACCACCUACGAGACCUGCCAGACCUAUGAGAGGCCCAUCGCCUUCACCUCCCGCUCCCGGAAGCUCUGGAUCCAGUUCAAGUCCAACGAAGGCAACAGUGGCAAAGGGUUCCAAGUGCCCUACGUCACCUACGAUGAGGACUACCAGCAGCUGAUAGAAGACAUCGUGCGCGACGGGCGGCUGUACGCCUCGGAGAAUCACCAGGAAAUUCUGAAAGACAAGAAGCUGAUCAAGGCGCUCUUCGACGUGCUGGCACACCCGCAGAACUACUUCAAGUACACAGCCCAGGAGUCCAAGGAGAUGUUCCCCCGGUCCUUCAUCAAACUGCUACGUUCCAAAGUGUCCCGAUUCCUGCGGCCCUACAAAUAACACUCAGAGCUGUCCUGCUCGGGGAUGGCCAGGGAGCCAAGGAAGAAGAGCUCCUUCCCUCUGUCGUGGGGCUGAAAGGCAGCUCUGUGGGCCACCUCGUUGCCUGGGGAAGCCCAUGAUGCGUGCACUUCAGGAAGGCCACCAGCCCCUGGAGGGCCAAGGCUGAGCUGGGCCCCCAUGGGACACUGCUUCUAAAGCCUUUUGCCCUUCGCCUCUCAUCCCCAGACACCAGUAGUGCUUCCCCUGAGCCGGCUCUGGUGCACGCUGCCUGGCCAGGACACGCCGAGGGCACCAGAGAGCAUGCGCUUCUGCCUGACGCUGUGGGAGAGAGGAGUGUGGCACCCUCCCGGAGGCUCUGUGAGCUUGGCCCCUGUCACCCACAGGAAGCCAGCAGAGAAGGAAGGACAUGUGGAGGCACCAUCUCUGAGGUGACAAGCCUGUGUUAGCACUUGUAGGGCUACUACACUGCCAACUCCUCCAGCCAGGAUCGCAGGACAUGGUGCCAUGUCACUGGGCUCUAAGGACUCUGUGACAGAUGGAAGAGAGCUGCUGAGGGAUGAGUGGAGGUCUUCGCCAGCCCUGCUAGAACGGCUGAUGAAGUGCUAUAUACAUAUGUAUAAAUAUAAAUACAAAUAUAUAUAUAUCUAUAUAUACACACACACACACACACGUCUAUUUGUGGGUACUGUAGGGGUGCUCUCUUCAGCAGCUGUAAACACUCGGUGCCACUACUGUCCCCCCAGCACUCACUCCCGUGUGGGAGACAGGAGCUGCCGGGCAGGUGCAGCAUGGGCUGGCCCUGGACACCUUGUGACUAUGAACUUGGGGAACUGAGCUCCCAUGCUGGGUUGGAGGGUUGGCCCUGUCCCAGUCCCUUCACAGUGACAUCACUGCCCUCAGGACACAGUGGAAGGCAGCCUCCCUUUGGGCCCCUGAAUAAGGGGUGUAAAUAUCCAGCCAUAAACUUAGGAAGGGGCCUGUGGCUAUGACCUUGGGGUCUGAAGUGUGCCUGCGUGUCA